AUGUCCCUCAUCGCCGGCCCCGAGCACUACAUGGAGCCGCAGUUGGGCCUCUCAGUCAACGCCAGUUGGCACGAGGCCAUCCACUGGCCGGGCGCCAAGCAGACGGGUUACGUCGUCAAAAUAUUUGAUAGCCUGUCCGCCGAGCAGUUCAACGCUCUCGAGCCCGCGCGAGACAUCAUCUCCUCCCCCGCCAAUGCGACCGAGGACGUCCUCUCGUUCGAGGCCGACCGCUCUGUGGCCGGUAUGAUUACCGACGGGCACUACUGGGUUUACAGCGGUUGGGGGGACGCCUUCAGCGUCGACCUUGACAAUGUCGUCGAGUUGUGGGGGGUGGCUGGUGUCAACGCGACGGCGCAGUGGUUCGACCCACGUACGGCCGAGCUGCAGGUCAUCGGCUCUUUCGUGGUUGAAGGCAACAGGACUUUUACGCCGCCGAGCCAUGGAGGUGUGGACUUUGACUGGGUCUUGAUUAUUAAGUCGGCCAAGAGUGACUGCUGA